AUGGGGAAGGGUUUACGGGCUGAGAAGGCAGCCCCCAAGGCAUCGGGAUCCGGCAAGGCAUUGGGAUCCGGCAAGGCUACAGCCAAAGCAUCAGAAGUCUCUUUUCCAGCGAACGAGAGUGGACAGCCAGUGGGAGUUUUGUGCAUCAAGCACAAAAAGUUGAAGUGCAAGCUCUGUCCAGACGAGGCAGAUGAGGUUGUCAUUGACAGGGUGAACGGGAACAAGGCAUUCAAGACGGUCUUUUUCAAUGCUGAAAAGUCUCUAGAUGCUCUCGACGAGCACAGGGUCAUUCCUGGAUGCCACCCACCCACAGACGUGUUUACCAAUACAAGCAACCGCAGCUUGCACGUAAGAUGUAUUGUCUAUUGGGAAGCUGGAUUGCUCACGGAGGCAGAGUUCACGGAUGUUUUCGGCAUUUCUGUCAAGGACGUUCAGAACCUGAAGAAGAUUGAGGGGGUCAAUGAGGAGGGGGAGAAGCGAAACUUCUACCUUAUCAGCCUCAAGGGCUUGUCGGCUGAAGAGGUCUUUGGGAUGAGGCGAGUCAUGCUUUGCCAUGAAAUGGCCGUGAACCAGAGUGAAUUCCAGGUGCAGGCUGGUGAGCAGUUGACUGACGACCAGGGUCACAAGUGGUUUUCUUUUGCUUCGAAGGGGCACUUUGACAACGCUCGGCCUUUCAAGCUGAAUGGCAAGUCGUCCAUGAUCACUGGUGGUUCCUUGCAUCAGCUUGCACGAGAACUCACUGAAUCGCGUGAAGAUGCUUCGAUGCCAGAUUCCCAAGACAGUUCUGGGAAGGACCAAGAUUUGCUGGAUGAAAUGGAUUGCAAUGGUGACGAGGGUGGCAGUGAGGGCCCCAAGCAUGAGGUUGUAACAGAGGCUGACAGAAUGUUGGGGAGAGGUGCAAUGGCAGCACCCGAGAAAUCAACAAAGAAGAAACGCAAGGUUGCACCUGUGGAGGAGGAUGACAUUCCGGAAGAAGCAGGAAGCACUAUGAGCUCUCAGUUGGCCCACUUGGAAACUACCGAUCCAUUGAUGUUCGACGUUGCCAAAAAGCAUCACAAGAUCACCGGUCGUGCCACCCCGCCUUGCCUCUUGAUGCUCACUGUUGCCAAGCAGUUUCAGGGUGACACUAAGAUUGGCCAUGUCUUGAACGGGGCCAACAAAGUCUUGGACAUUUUGCAGGAGAACAAAGCAAGGGAAGACGCUGUCACGCUGCAGGAUCGCAUUGCACAGAUUGAGGCGGUGAAGAUACUUCUGACCAAGCGGAUUGACACGCUCAAGGAGGGCGACAUCACUAGAAUCUUGGAGCUUCUCAACGAGAACAAGGCAGACUUUCCUUUUCAGUUGAAGUCCGGGUUGACGGGAAGGAUGCUUGAUUUCAAGUUUGACUUCAUCAUCACCAAUGCGUCCGCUUCUCGGCUGCUCAUGUGUUGA